AGUAGACCCUGCCCUCCGUAUAUCACUGUAUUGACGUGUUGUUAGCAAAUGGGAGCAGAAGGGCCGAUCCUUCGCCUGAAGAGGUCAUUCUGACUACAGGGCUGAUCCUUCGCCUGGAGAGGUCAUUCUGAUUACAGUUGCCACUUCUUGCCAAAAAACUUCAGGGUUUAUAGACUCGAUCACUGCGACUACAUUUAUAAACAUUAUUCUGUUUGCUUCAAUCGAGACACGGAUCCCGAUGUUCAAUCAGCAUUCAGGAAUACUUCCACAUCUAACAUUGAAAGGAGAUACUUUGUGAACGGUUUGAUAUUUCGGUCUGAUCUGACUACCGAAGCAUGGUUGAUAACACCAGUUUAGCAACUAAAUCUGCUUUGCAAGCAGCGUUCUCCUCGGCCUGCAACCUCCCCCUGCUCGUCUCCUCUGCCUCGACACACAGCCACUUCCCCGGCUCACACUCACAGUCCCACCAGCCCAACGGCGGAGGCAUGAAGCUAGAGGCGGUCAUGGAAAACCUCCAAAGACAGCAGGCUGCCCGCCUGGCGCUAGAAGAGAAGCUCCGUCAGGCCGAGAAAGAGAAAGACCUCCGCUCCAUGGUCGAGUCCCAGAUCCACCAACAAGCCCUGGCCUUCCGCCACUACCAGGCAGCGGUCCGGGGCGCUUUCGCUGCGGGAAUAGCGAAAUCUUCUCUCGGGUUGGCGAGCUCCGCUGAACGGGAACUGGCUCUCCCUCACAGUCUUGACGCUCACAGGCACACGGCCAAAGCCGACUACUCCGAUAUGGACGAUGAUCCAGAGGGCAUGGACCGAGGUAUGGAUGAUCACGACCGGGAUCUGGAUGGAGAUGACAUGGACAACGAGGGAAUUGUGGACGAUGAGGAGGACAUGGAGGGGUCUCUAAGCCACUACCAGCCCCGCCACCCCAUGCACCCCGGGGCGGGAGACUCGCCAAAAGACACCCUUGUACAUCUCAUGUCCAGAAGCCCUCCGUCUUUCGCUGCGCCCCGGCAGUCAGAGACACCGGGCGGGAAGGCACCACAGUCUCAGCAACACGAAUGGACUUACGACGAGCAAUUCAAACAG